CGAACCCUUUUUGUUUCAAAAAUGGACCCACUCGAUAAGAACGUUGGAAGGAAACAGAAAGUCUCUCUCUCUCUCUCUCUUAAUAAGACCGUUGUAAAGUCGAAAUCUUUUUAAAAGAACAGCAAUAGCUUAUAGUUGAAGGAACUCUGCCACAAAGAAAGCAGAGUAAGCAUUGAGAUUCAACAAAAAUGGCAGCAACAAUCGGUACUCUGCUACCAAACUACCAACAAAACAAAACCCUAGAUUGUUUUAGCACCGCCCUUGACCCCAAGUCUCUGAUCCUCUCACAAUUUUCCGAUUCCGAAAAACCCAAUCUUCUGCAACUCAAAACAGAGAGCUUCGUCAUGGAGAGAGGACCCAGAUACAAAGCGUACGCCGAUUUGAGAGAAUCGAAGCUUAGGAUGAAGAACAUGAGACAACAACAGCCUCAGGAACAGGAAUUCAAUCUUUCACCACCAAAGAAACAGGUGAGAUUUCAGAAGAAUUUUCCGGCGACCCCAAUUGGGCGAAAAGGGUCCUCUGUUCUCGCACAAUCGGUGCCGGAUUUCUCGGCUGUGCUGCGGAAAGAGAACAGAAAGCCGGCGAGUAUGCUGCCGCCGAUGAUGGAGAAGUCAGCCACGCCUCCAGCUAACUCGAAGAGCGCAAAACUAUAUGGGAUUGGAGCGAAAUCUGGAGGAAGUAGAUCGGCAAAUUCGGGGGAGAAGAGGUGUGGGGGGUUGAUGGCGAGGAAGAGCUAUGCAAGUGUGGAAGAAUUGAAGGGGUUGUCGGCCGUGGCCGCGAAUGCGAUCAAUGGAGAAAACAGGGGAGGGAAGGGUGGAAGAGGGAUUGGCAAGACUGUUUUGGGUUGCAGACAGUAUUGAAGAAAACAGGGGAGAGAUUGGCAAGACUGUUCAUGAUAACAUUUGUUGAUUUUUUCUUUUGAGAUUUUUAUUCUUUCGAUUCUUGAUUGAAUCACCUGUGAGAUUGUUUUGAAUGUUAUUAUAAGAUACCGAGGGAUUUGGAUAAUGCUUAAGAAUAGAGGCUACUUGAAAGAUUCAUAA